AUGAUACCUUCUUCUGCAGCAGCGAUGUUAAAGAAUCUGGAGCAAAGAACAGCUUCUAAUUUUCUUAUGGAAAAUCUUCUUCAGAGCAAAGGUACACCUAGUCCUGAAUUUAGCCUGACCUUGAACUGGGCUGCAAGUUUGAUGGCCAGACAGAGAGAGAAAGAAGCCACAAGUAACCUUGGGCUGAAUAAAAAAUUGGGAAGAGAUAUUGAUGAUGUGGAGGAAGAUAAUUCUGUCAGAAUAGAUGUUGAUUUAGGAACUGAAACAGAACCAGAGACUGAUGGUGAAGACAGAGUGACACCGAUUCGAGAUAACUUGAGGAGGAUUAAAAUUGAAGAAGAUCGUUUUCAUGAAGAUGAGAGGACUAGAGAUAUGGAAGUUGACAGAGACUGGAUAGGUUUCGAUCACUUGAAUGAUUCAAACAGAAUGACAACAAGAACAGAUGAUAGGAUAGGUGCUGAAGAGAAUUGCAACAAUGAUGAUCAGUGUAGUCGACCAAGUCCAGUGCAUCCUUUUACAUCUUCAAGCACAGAAUCACGAGGUAUCCAAGCGAAAGAGAGGCUGGAGCUCAAGUUCGGUGUGAAGGCGAUUCUAGCGGAUAAUUACAUGCCGCGUAGAAACACGGAUAAUUUACAAGCAUUGCAACAAGCAAGUGGUUUGCCAACAGCGAGCACACCAGGAUUUUCACACAGUCUCCAAAGUUCGCCACCAAUUCAAGCAGCUUAUGCAGCUGGAAUAGCUAAACCUAUUGCACGACCAACGGCAUAUCAUCCUCAUCACCCACCACACCCCAGCCAUCCAUCAGGACCAACACAGCACCACUUCACAGCCCAUGCACAUCAUACUCUUCAGCUACUAGCUUGUCGAGGACCUUAUUUAACCACAAACAACCCAGCUAGUGGUCAUUUAUCAGGAACAACUACAGUAGUUGGAGGAUCAUUUGCAAGUGGAAUGCAACCAGGAAUCGGUGAUCUCGCCGGAAUGAGUGCAAUGUGUUUUCCAUGGGCUACAAGUGCUCGUGGAAGACCUCGAAAAGGUAUGAUGAGGAGAGCUGUUUUCUCCGACACCCAGAGACAAGGUCUAGAAAAACGAUUCCAGCUUCAAAAGUACAUCAGCAAACCUGACCGAAAAAAGCUAGCAGAAAGACUAGGACUCAAAGACUCCCAGGUGAAGAUCUGGUUCCAAAACCGUCGGAUGAAAUGGAGGAAUAACAAAGAGAGGGAACUGAUGGCAUCAGGUGGUUCUCGUGAACAAACACUUCCAAACAAAAACAAUCCAAAUCCAGAUUUAAGUGAUACUAAUAAUGAUCGAACACGAAUUGAUCUCAAUAAUGCCAGUCCUUUAUCGAGCCCACGACGAGCUGAAGAAUUUACUGACAAUGAAGAGAAUGAAGAAAUAAACGUCACGUGAUAGAAAAAAAAUUUUAUUUUAUAGGGAGACCAUUUCAAGUAAUUUUUAUAAAUCGUGAAUAAAAUUUACGAGAUAAAAUAAAAUUUUUGAACAGUGGAAAAAAGUGAAGUCGAUAAAUAAUGUGUAAUAUAUUGUAAUUAUUAUAUAGUAUUUAAUGUAUUUAAUUCUAAAAAUCUCUUAAUUUAUCUUUAAAACAAAUUAAAAUUUUAAAAAAGGGCAAUCCUUGUACUUUUGACGCAAAUGUCCAAUUUCAACUAAAUCUAAUUCUUAAGAUUAUUAUGAUGAAUGUGAUUAUUCGAGGGAGA